AUGUCGUCCCCCGAAUUGACGAGACAGAUAGAGGGGGGGAGUAUUGAGCGAGAGGCACAGAGGCUGCAACUUCAGCUCCGGCAAGUAUUUAAAUUUGGCCAACCCUCGUCCGGUUCCACCCCUAUUGGUCAACUUCCUAUUGGUCGAUACCAGUCCUGCAUCCUUUCCUUCCUUCCCGUUGACCGCCACUCAUACCUGUUAAUAGAGGUGAGGUACACCUGA